UAACUGACACCCUCUGAAACAACAAAAUCGGAAGAGCGUAAACAAAAAAUGUCUGAGUAUGAUAAAGUGAAAAUUGGUAAACUAGUUUUAAAAGGUGAAAAACACAAGAAAAGCAAAAAACGCAAAAAGGAGAAAGAGCACAAAGAUGAAAAACACAAAAAACGAAAAACCCAAGUGGACGAGGAUGCUUUGAAGCAUGGUGGUUGGUGGCAAGCGAAAUUAACUUCAGAAAUUACAGGACCGGUAGCUAUACAAUUUGGCGAUCGUUCUUAUGUCAAAGCUUUGGAUAAUGGCUUGUUUACUCUGGGUGCGCCCCACCGAGAUGGUGAAGGCCCAGAUCCAGAGGAAAUCUUUACCGCAUUUCCCAUAAACGAUCAAAAAGUAUCGUUCAAAUCUGGAUACGGAAAGUAUCUGAAGAUCGAAAAGGACGGUAUGAUAACGGGCCGCUCAGAGGCAGUUGGUAGUCUAGAACAAUGGGAACCAGUUUUCGAAGAUGGAAAAAUGGCUCUGCUUUCCGAUUUGGGUUUCUUCAUGUCCAUUGAUCCAGAAGAUGAUGCAUGUGUUGCUUUACGUAAAAAGGUAACAAAUUUGGAGAUAUGUGUUCUUCGAUGCAACAAUCCCCGAGAAACAGCUGUGGAAGAAGAGCCACAAGAGGAACAGGGCGAUUUGUGCGAGGUGGAGAAGAAUUAUGUUAAAAAAUUCCAAAAGUUCCAAGAUAAAAAAUUACGUAUAAAUAAGAAUGAUGUCAAAGAAUUGGAGGUAGCUAAAGAAAAAGGCACCUUACAUGAGGCCCUAUUGGAUAGACGUAGCAAAAUGAAAGCUGACCGUUAUUGUAAAUAAAAUUAAAGCCGGUAAAAUAAAGAAAAACAUUAGAUAAUGA